AUGGCGCUGAAGAGGAUCCAGAAGGAAUUAACUGACUUGCAGAGGGACCCCCCUGCCCAGUGCUCUGCAGGACCUGUGGGAGAUGAUUUGUUCCACUGGCAAGCCACCAUCAUGGGCCCGAAUGACAGUCCUUACCAAGGAGGCGUUUUCUUCCUGACCAUCCACUUCCCUACCGAUUAUCCUUUCAAGCCCCCAAAGGUUGUUUUCACAACCAAAAUUUAUCAUCCCAACAUCAACAGCAAUGGCAGCAUCUGCCUUGACAUCCUGCGGUCCCAGUGGUCUCCAGCACUGACUGUGUCAAAAGUUCUCUUAUCCAUCUGUUCUCUGCUCUGCGACCCCAACCCUGAUGACCCUCUGGUGCCAGAGAUAGCCCAUACCUACAAGGCUGAUAGAGAGAAGUACAACAGACUAGCAAGAGAGUGGACACAGAAAUAUGCUAUGUAA